AUUAUGGAAGACAAAAGAGAAUUAUUGAAGCAACCGCUUCAUGGAAUCUACAUUCCUAUUGCAUUGAUCAUUUUCGGAACCUGUAUUUUUGAUUGGAGAUACUUACCAUACACCCUUUCAUUUGUAGUUGUUGUUUGUUCUGUCAAAUUCUAUGAAGUUCUUUCUAAACGUUCUUCCUUAGAUGAAAUUAAAUGGACUGAUCUCGAGUUAUUAGACAAGACUAUUGUAUCCAAGAACUGUGCCAUCUACAGGUUCAAGAUGAACCGUGAUGAUGAGGUUUUGGAUAUUCCUACUGGUCAUCACGUUGCCUGUUGUUUUGACAUUGAUGGUAAGGAUGAAAUUAGAUAUUAUUCUCCAAUUUCCAACAAAUUUGAUACUGGAUUCUUUGACAUUUUGGUGAAGUCCUACCCAGAAGGUAAGGUUUCGAAGAAGUUUGCCUAUCUUAGAGAAGGUCAAACAGUUAAGUUUAGAGGACCAGUUGGAAGAUUACAGUACUCUACCAAUAUGGCUAAGGAAAUUGGUCUCAUUGCCGGAGGUUCCGGAAUUACUCCAAUCUUACAAGUUAUUACUGAAAUCAUUACUACUCCAGAAGAUACUACUAAGAUCUCAUUAAUCUUUGCCAAUGAAACUGAAAAUGAUAUUGUUCUCAAGGAGGAAAUUGAUGAAUUAGCCAGAAAAUACCCUGACUUCAAGGUUCAUUACACUUUAACACACCCACCAGCUGGUUGGGAAGGUAGCACCGGGUACGUUUCCAAGGAAAUGAUUGCUCAACACUUACCUAAGUCUCUGGAUGAAAACAGAUUGUUUAUUUGUGGUCCACCAAACAUGAAGAAAUCUUUAAUUGAUAUAUCUCAAGAAUUAGGAUGGGAAAAGACAACCAUGAAGUCUGACCCAUCUGACCAAGUUUUCUGUUUCUAG